ACUCGCUUUACCAACCAAGGGGGUGACACGAAUUGGUCAAUACGUUAAUUGCGGAAGGAUGUUCAUAUAAUUGAUGAAGUAGAUAGCGCGAUAUCAAAAGUAGAUUUAUUUUAUAUACUACGGAGUUAUUUAUACUACGGUGGCAGCCAGCCGGGAACUUUAGAAGUUAGGAAUAGUCAGUCUUUUGUUGAGUUUUCAAAAGGUUUACUAAAAGUUCUACAGCCACUUAUAUAAUACAUGUAACAGGCAGCUUGAAAUUUGGACACUACCUUUUUUGGAUUUAUAAAAGGGUGAUUAAAUCUUUGUUGACGUCUAUUAGCGCCAUGUUGGAGACCAUAGCUUUAUUCGUGAUCGUUACAUUAUCAGUUAUCAUGUCCUUGAAGUAUUUUUAUCCCUGGUUGAAGUAUGAUUGGGUGCAUAUACAGCAAAUGUUGAAAGCAAAACGCAGAUAUGAUGAAAAAUUUUUACGAAAAGAAUUUAUUAUUGAUACCUUUGAAGCUGCAGUGGCAACCCAUCCAGACAAAGCGUUUAUAAUUUACAAUGAUGUGAAAUAUUCGUAUUAUGAGGUGGAUCAGAUAGCUAAUCAGGUAGCUAGAGCUGCUGUUGAAAUGGGUGCAACUAAAGCAGAUACAGUUGCUAUCAUGUUAUACAACGAACCGGCUUUUAUUUGGUUAUUUCUAGGACUACAGAAGAUAGGAGUGACUGUUGCUUACAUCAAUGUAUUUUUACGAUCCAAAUCCUUGGCGCAUUGUAUCCAGACUUCUGACGCUAGGUUCCUGAUAAUCGGAGAAGAUCAAGAUCUUGAUGCCGCUAUAGAAGAUAUAACCGAGAUAAUAGGAGACGUCAAAGUAUAUUCAAUGUCCGCUUACCAAUCGGACCACAGAAACAGUUUUAAGGUUACGAUGGACGAAAUGGAUACCGAGUCAAUGCCUAAAGAUAUAAGAAAUGGCGUCAAUAUGUCUGACACCUGUCAAUUGAUAUUUACAUCUGGAACGACAGGAUUACCAAAAGCAGCAAAUGUAUCCCAUAACAAAGCUUUACGAGGAAGUGUGGUGUGCGCAACAUUCAACUUGUCACCAACUGAUGUUUUCUAUGAAACCCUUCCUCUAUAUCAUUCUGCUGCUGGUGAACUGGGUUUGUUUAACAUCAUAGAUAAUGGUGCCACGCUAGUAUUAAGAAGAAAAUUCUCAGCGAGUUGUUUUCUAGAGGAUUGUAUCAAAUAUAACGUAACAGUCAUACACUAUAUUGGUGAACUGUGUAGAUAUCUAAUAGCACAACCAGAGUCUUCCUUAGACAAGGAACAUAAAAUUCGAGUGGCGUUUGGCAAUGGUCUUCGAAAAGACGUAUGGAAAUGUUUUCAGGAGAGAUUUAAUAUACCUCAUAUAGCUGAGUUCUAUGGAGCAACAGAAGCACCCAUUGGAUAUAUAAAUAUAUGCAAUAAACUUGGCAGUGUUGGUAGAACAUCCCCUUUAUUGAAAAAGAUAUUUAAGGCCGAGUUUUUAAGAUACGAUCAUGAAACAAGAGAAGCGUUAAGAGACAAAAAUAACCGAUGUAUAGUUGCUAAACCAGGUGAAGUUGGUUUACUUGUUGUACCUCUCGUCCCGCCUAAUGUAUUUGAAGGUUAUAGGGGAGACGACACUGCAAAUAAAAAGAAGAUAUUAAAGGAUGUAUUCAUAGAAGGGGAUACAUAUUUUGAUUCAGGAGAUCUGUUCCGUAUUGAUACAGACUACUUCCUGUAUUUCCGUGACAGGCUAGGAGAUACUUACAGAUGGAAGGGAGAGAAUGUUUCAACAUCAGAAGUAUCAGAUGUAUUAAAUGAUUUAGAUUUUAUACAGGAUGCCAAUGUCUAUGGUGUAGAAAUACCAGGAUGUGAAGGCAGAGCUGGUAUGGCAGCCUUAUCUUUAAAGGAAGGAAAUUCCCUGACACCAGAACAAAUUAAGACUGUUAGCAGACAAUGCAGUCAAGAAUUAACCACUUAUGCCCGGCCACGUUUCCUACGAGUUCAAGCACAAAUGAGCUUGACUAGCACCUUUAAACAAAGAAAGGUGGAACUAAUUGAUGACGGUUUUGAUUUGAGAAAAACUAAUGAAAGCAUCUACUAUUACAACCCAUCCGAGGAGAAAUAUGAUGUCCUGGAUAAUAAUGUAUUCACCGAUAUCACAACCGGAAAGAUUAGAGUUUAGUUGGAAAAUUCAUGCCAAAAAAAAAACCAAAAAAAAACCAAAAAAAAAAAAACCCAACAAAAAUCAGAAUAAUGUAGCCUACAUAAUUAUAUAUUAUUGUGUAAAAUAUCAAGAGAUUAAUUAAAAAGAAU